ACCAUUUGUAGUCGAACCGGAAAUGGAAUUUUUAUCUAAAAGAUAUAAAGUUUCAAAUGAAUUUCUGUUUAUUUUUUGAGUUGACGUACGGAGGAAUGUUUAUAAGUUGCAAUGUUGAAGUAAAAUGGAAUCAUUCGGUUUAAUUCUUAACUUGAAACUAGUAGCUUCACAGCGAUAAUUUUGCCAAGAACCAAAAACAUCCAAAACUAAAGCUUAUGAGUCUGUAGUCGAUAUAAUUAUAACUGAUCAAUACCAGAAGAACAUUCAUAAACGAAGGCAAUGGAUCACAUUUCAUCAAUCAGUAUUGGGGAAUGCUUUUGGAUCUACAUGAAGGAUCAAAAUAAAUUAGGAAAAUUUAUACAGGAGAACCAGUAAUACUUUUCCUAGAAAAUAAGAUAAAAAUCCAAAACUUUAUAUUGAAUAACAUAUCAUUUCAGCAUGGAAGAAUUUCAUACAGAAUGUCUAUCUACAGGUAAACAGGCAAAUUCUACUAUUUCAAAGGAAAAUAUGUUUACCUCCUCACCUGACUCAAAUGAUUCCACAGCAAGAUAUCAAAAUGCAGACAAUGUUGAUAAUGGACAACAUGUCUGCUUUUUUACACAGAUUGAUGAUGGCACUAAAUGUAGCACUGUAAAUGGUAAGUCAGAAUCUUACCAUUGUGGUGUCUGCCCGCAAACAUUCUGCACAAUAUGCUGUCUCCACAACCAUCUCACAACUUACCAUCUGUUGAGUGGCUCUUACCAUUAUGACUACUUUAUACACACUGCAUUUCCGAAACAUGAAAGUCUAUGUCAAUUUACUCAAACUGAAGAUUUGGAUUGCAAUCGUGAAGGUGUAUUUGAUGUCACUGAAAAGAAAAGAACUUAUAAUUCAAAUAAUGAAUGUAAUGUACAGUCAAAAAAUAAACUCAGAGCAAGAGGCAAUCAUUUUAAUAAAUCUAAAUCAGCUGGGAAAGUGUUAAGUGGUGCAAAGUCUGUGAAAGCCAUUCCAAAAGAUGUUGAAGCAGAAACAGCAGACAUAUCACACAAUGAAGAUGAUGUUGACUCUGAUGAAAAGGAUGGUUAUUAUUCUGAUAGAACAGAUAAUUAUUUUGAAAAUGAAAACAGUAUAUGUUCGGAUAGAGAAAUGGAAACAGACAUUCUCAAAGAAUCUUGUACUAAAAAUAACAUUUUGUCUCAGGAAAUUGAUCAAGAAAAAAAUGAUAGCAGAAAAAAGAAAGGUAGUGUUAAGAGGAAGUCAAGAACUGAUGAUUUGGUCAGUAAAAAUAAUGUUAAAAAAGGUCGAUUAAAAGGUUUAGGAAAAUUAAAAAACUCAAAGUUCAUUUCAGACACCCCUGAUUUAGAAAAAAAUGUCGCUAAUGAUGUUUCAGUGAAAAGUGCAAGACAAAAAAUGGGCAAGAAAAAUAAGAUUGAAAAAAAUGCAGUAUUAGUCAAGGAAGAAAACCAUGACUUGUUAAAUGAAUAUGACAACAAUCUUGUAUUUGAAUACAGUUUAUCAGAAUUACCUGAAUCAAAUCAAGUGAAUCAGGAACAUGGUGAAGGUUUGUUAGCGAAAAAAGCUGGCAUAAGUGAAGAUAAUAAAUGUGAGAUUUGCGGAGCUAAAUUUACGGUGAAGCAAGGUCUUCUAAGACAUGAGCAGCUGAAACAUUCUGAUCUGAUGAACUUUCAUUGUGAACAAUGUGAUAAAAAAUUUAUGCGAAUAUUUAAUUUACAAAAACACAUAGUACGAGCCCAUGGUGGUAGAAAAGGUAAUAGAAAUAAAACUGAGGAGGAUGUUGAGCAAACUUUACAGUGUAAAAUUGAAUUAGAUUCUGUACUAGAAGAUACGCCAGAAAAGCUCCAGUCCAAUUUGAGUGUUGAUCAAGACAGCUUAGAAUAUGGAAUAAUAAGUAAAUCUGAUAUUAGCGAAGUUAAGGCUACACGCAGAAAACGGAGGACUAAUGAAGAAAUGAAAUCACUGAAAACCCCACACACUUGUGACCUAUGUGGUCAUACCAUGCCACGAUCUAAAAUGGAUGUCCAUCAGCGUCUUCAUACAGGAGAGCGUCCAUUUAUCUGUACAGUAUGUGGAAAAGGACUUAUCAGCCAGAAUAAACUCAGUCGUCACAUGCUGAUACAUGGUGAAGUUAAACGACAUACGUGUGAAAUAUGUGGCGUUGGCUUUCAUAUGAAGUACAAGUUACGAAUGCAUAUGCACAUUCAUACAGGAAAGAAGCCUUAUCUUUGUUCUAUCUGUGGUGCCGAGUUCAACCACAGUGCCAAUCUUGCCACACACACAAGAUGUGUCCACCUGCAGGUCAAACCAUAUGUGUGUAAUGUCUGUGGUGGCAAAUACUCGAAGCGGUCGCAGCUUGAUGAUCAUGUACUGAGUCACUCUACGGAACGCCAGUUUACUUGCAGAUAUUGUGGAAAAUCAUUCAAGUAUUUUAAAGGUAUGCGACGCCAUGAGAAGAGCCACAAUGAAGAGGAGUCAUUUACCUGUAACCAGUGUGGUCUGAAAUUUGCUCGUAAAGAGAAUCUUGAUCGACAUAAGAUAAGUCAUGGGGAGGCAAGUUUUCAGUGUAAAACGUGUAAGAAAGUAUUGAAAGAUGGCCGAGCCUUACAAGAACAUGAGUUUACUCAUCUUAUUGCUAAAGGUUGCAGGUGUUUUGUUUGUGGGGAAAUGUUUUACAGUUCGAAUAAAUAUUUCACGCACUUGUUUGUUGCGCAUAGUAUUCAGAAACAAGAUGCGCAGUUAAUGAUUAUCGAUGAAAAGUUGAAGAAAGAUAAUAAACAGGCAAAGAGUGAUCAAAAAGAAACUUUGACAGCUAGCGUAGCAAGUAAUGCUCCGGUCACUGGGCAAAGUGUGUCCUUUGAUGUCAGUGUUUCCGGAAUUCUUGAAAAUGCAAGCAAGGAGACAAUGAGUGUGUUAACAAGGGUGGCGACGGAAAAUCUGCGACUUCACUCUCAAGAUGUGCCUGAUCAAGAGAAGGGGAAUAUUAUAAUCCCCCCUUUGAAUCCUAUGAUUAUGUUUGAAAAAAAUAGAAUUACCUCCCUUGAGAAUACUGUUGGGACUAACGGGGGUUUCAGUUUAGAGCACAAAGCUAUUGGUAACAGUGUGGGUGAGGCUUUGUCUUUCCCUGAUCAUGCUUACGGUCAGUCGUUGAAACAAGUGGAAAAUCAUAGCAAUCAUUCAAGCGCUUUAACCAUGACUCAUUCAGAAGGUGCAAUGCAGCAUCAGGGAAUUAGUGAAAAUGUUCUCGGCUUUGUGACUAGUAAUGCAUUAACGAGUAUCAACAAUCUAACCUCAUACAUCGGUCAGCGGCAGAAUUCACUCACGCCUCUGACCAAUUUAACAACAAGUCUUCAUCAGGACGAACAUGGUGCUAUAGAGAGUCUACGACAACUUCAGGACAACUCAGCGGUCCCUAUCACACUUGUACCCGCAACUGUGGGUAUGGGGGUCAGUCAGGGUCAACAGAAUGUAGGGAUGACCACCACAGGGUCAAAUGAAGGCAGUGGCCAAUCAAAUUAUUCUAUACAGAAUCUCUAUUGAUCAUUUAUCGUUUUUUGUUGUCUUCCAUUGGGUUUUAUUGAUAUUCAGUAUUUAGGUUUUAUAUUUAAAACUGCCAUUUACAUGUGUAUUCAUGGUAUUUCAUGUAGGAUUUAUAAGAAAUGAAGUUUGAAUGAUAGAUUAAAGCUCAGAGAAGUGUCUAUAUUAGGUUUAGAUAGUAUUAUAAAUGUCUUCUUGUUUGUAAGCAUAAGUGAAUUAAUUAUACAAGAGUGGGGUCAAGUGAUUCAUGUUGAUCUCAACAGGCAUCAGCCUUGCCAUUAGUAGAGCCAGGUCAGCCUACACAUCUAUGUCGUGACUGCACUCUAACCAGGCUAUUUCCUGAACUUGACCUUGAAUUUGAAAUGUCCUUGACCUUAAAUAGCAAAUUAUGGUAAUUUCACAUAUUUUUUUGCUAUAAUUGGCUAUAACUUUGUAAUUUAUAAAUGGAUACAACAAUCCUAAGGACAAGACCUUCAAUAUGGUUUGUUCAAAGUUGAACUUUACCUUUAUUUGACCUUAGUUGUCAAGGUUACAUGUACAUUUGUAAAUUAUUAAAUUUUGCUUGAGUUUUGUUAACUUUGAUAUUAUCUUAUAGAUUUGAUUCAUACUUGAACAAAACAACACUUAUACCAGCAUUUUGAAUUUUUAAAGAUUGACCUUGACCUUAAAGUAACAUUGACUCAUGGUAAAGUUGUUAAAAUGUGCUCUAAUUGCCAUAUCUUUGUUACUAAUGGACAAGUUUAGUUCAUACUUUGAAAAAGCAACUCUAAGGACCAUGAUUAUGGACAUAUUAAAAACUUCAAGUAUGUCCUUGAUCUGUAAAUGACCUUAAUUGUUAAGGUCAAAUAUGAAAUUUCAUUCAAUUCUGUACAACAAAAAUGUUUUUGUUGAAAAUUGUUGAAAACCUUUUACUACAGUUUCUGUCUGUGGCUUUCAGUGAUUGAAAUCUAAACUGUUAGCUAAGGUGAAAAUAUAAAUUAUGUUUGUUUUUAAAUUAUUGGUUAAUAUUUAUUGAUUCUUAAUUGAAAUAUGUGAUACUCAUUUCACAUGAAAUCAAAUGAAAUCACUUGUAAUAGGAACUUUGUUGUGACUUUAGGUUAAUUGACACUCUGUACCAAAUUUGACUGUUGUAAUAUAGUUAUUGGUGCAUAUUUAUUUUUUCUGUUUUGAUAUCUCAAUAAGUCAGAAAGACUUAUAAAUAGGGGUGGUCAAUGUAUGUAAAUAUGUUUGUUAGUUCUCUUUAAACGUUGUUGAAAUUGCUUUUGUUGCCAAUAGAAAGUGCAUCUACCCAAGCAUCAGGUACAGACCAAGAUCAACAAGCAUAUGGAUGCUGUUUGAUCAUGGUUUUACACUCUUUGCUUUUCAGUCAGUAUUUAUUUUAGUAUUUAUUUUUUAACUUUCAAGUUUUCCAUAACAAUUAUGAAUUAUUUUGUCCAGAUUGUAAAACUAAACCUCUAAAGUUUAUUUUAGAUGUUUAGUUGGGUAAUGGUUUAAAGGCAUCAAUGAAUUUCACAAAAUGCAUAUCAUGGACUAAUGAAAUUUGGUUCUGAUUUUAAUUUAAACAUCCGUACCUCAAGUAUUUAUGAAUAACUUUUCUUCUGUUAUAUGAAGGGAUACAAUGGCAUGUUUCACAAAUAUUUGUAUGUGUUUGGUUUAUGUUUUUGUAGUGACUUUAGGUUACUUGAAACUCUGUCCCAAAUUUGACUGUUAUAGUUAUUGGUGCAUAUUUAUUAUUUCUGAAAUGUUAUCUUUCUAUGUCAAGAAGACUUAUAAGAAGGGGUGGUCAGUGGAUGUAAAUAUGUUUUGUUAGUUCUCUUAAAACUUUGUUAAAAUUGCUUUUGCUGCUGACAGCAAUUGCAUCUUUCCAAGCAUCCAGUACAGACCAAGAUCAGCGGGCACAAUCUACCAUCUGAUCAUGGUCCGCACUCUUUGCUUUUCAGUCAGUAUUUAUUUUAGUAUUUAUUUUUUAACUUUCAAGUUUUCCAUAAAAAUUAUGAAUUAUUUUGCCCAGAUUGAAAAACGAAAGUUCUAAAGUUUAUUUUAGAUGUUUAGUUGGGUAAUGGUUUAACUUUAAUGGCAUCAAUGAAUUUCACAAAAUGCAUAUCAUGAACUAAUGAAAUUUGGUACUGAUUUUAAUUUUAAACUUCCCUACCUCAAGUAUUUAUGAAUAACUUUUCUUCUGUUAUAUGAAGGGAUACAGUGACAUGUUUCACAAAUAUUUGUAUAUGUUUGGUUUAUGGUUUUAGAUUGACCGUUCAAAUAAUGAUCGGGCUAUUCUUAGCAUUGGCAUAACAGUUGGUAAAAGAUUUUGUGCUAAAAUUGAUACAUGUACAUAUAUAUCAUUUUAUACAGAAGUGUAAUAUUCAUAUAUUAUAUUUGGAUGGCUUACUUGCACACAUAUCAAAUUCUUUUAUGGCCCUGACUUAUAGUACAUUAUUAUUGUAUAUUAUUGUCAUUUCCUGAGAAAAGUCAAGCCUACUGUUCAUCUAACAACUGUUUGCUUAUUUGUUUGUUAGUAGUUAAACUCAUAUGAAUAAAUGUGUGCUUUUUUAUUGAGAUUACGUUUGCAAUAUACUUUUUUCUUUUGAUCAUUUUUAUCAAGCAUUUAAGUACUUAUUUAUUGUGUGACUUUAGAAUUUAGUUUUAUAUAAUUAUUUUGUAUUGUUUUUGUGUUUUGUUACAGAUUGCUUUUAAAUGUAUGCAUUUUAAAAACAUCAUCAAAUUUUGAUGCCAAAAUCCAAUAAUUACAUUUAUUCAAUAAAGAAAACAACUAUAAAAUCUGGA